AAGCGAACUCGACUAGACAAUAGUAAUACAGUCGUCGUAAAUCUGAUUAAUUUCUGCCUACAUUGCUACAAGUACACGCUCAUUCUUACUGGCCUAGGGCCACCGGUAGUUAGACUUAGAGUUACACUGUUAAUGUUACAGUAUCAAGUGUCACACACCUCAUAAAUAUUAGCACUUCCUUUAGUUUUCAAGUUAGUUACCAGGGAGUCGUUUAAACGACUCCCUGCUUUUUACUUCCAUCAGCAGUCGAAACUUUUCGUGUGUACUAGGCUAAGCCAUGGCGAGCGGUACUAAGGACGACUUGUUGAAAACAAGAAAAGCAGGACUGAGGGCCGCUAGCGCAAAGCUUCGCAAGGCUGAGAGAGAACAGAUCUGCAUUGCUGCUACAGCUGAAGCACAACAGUGCGAUGAAGAAAUCAUUGAACGACUCUUGCGAGGAAAGGAGACCGUCGGAAAUCUUGGUGACUGCUGUCCCGCUCAAAAAGACAAAUCAAAAAGAGUGCAAGGGCAACUCGUCUUCGAUGGUUGUUUCGAAAGUGGUAACCUGGGACGUGUGGAUAUUGUAUCACCAAUUGAGUACGACAUCUACAUUCGGCCAGAUACGUGCAAUGGAAAGUACACAGUGUGGUUUUACUUCUCUGUGACCAACACUCAUCCUGGCCAGGAUGUGAUCUUUUCUUUCGUGAAUCAAAGUAAAACCAAAAGCCUCUAUCGUCAUGGCAUGGCCCCAUGUGUGUUCUCAACCAGUCGCCCACUAUGGAUGAGGAUACCGGAUGACCGCGCUUACUACUACCAAUGUCCAGACCACAAUGACCACUACGUGCUCUCAGUCUUGUUCAACUUUGACAGAGCUGAAGACACAUACUGGUUUGCUUACUGCUUCCCGUACACUCACAGUGACCUCCUGAGGUACCUUGGUGAGCUGGACGAUCGCAAAUUCCCAUUCUACAGAAGGGAAAGUCUAACGAAAACCACGCAAGGUCGACAUCUGGAUUUACUCACUAUCACAAAUCCUAAUAAUUUGGAAGUUGAUGAGGCGCAGGACCCGAAGCGGAAGAUUCCGGCUGUCGUUAUAACUGCUCGUGUCCAUCCCGGCGAGACUCCGUCGUCUUAUGUGUGCGAUGGUGUGAUCAAUUUCUUGAUCAGUGACGAUGAGCUGGCUGUCAGCUUAAGAAAUAAGGUUAUAUUUUACAUUGUUCCCAUGUUGAAUCCCGAUGGAGUGUUCCUCGGCAAUUAUAGAUGCUCUAUGCAUGGCUAUGAUCUGAAUAGAGUGUGGAAUGAAACGGAUGCUGAGCCAUGGAUGCAUCCGACAAUUGACGCCGUCCGUGACUUCGUCCACAAGAUAAGCCUUGAUCCGAGACAACACCUGCAUUAUGUGUUUGACCUUCAUGCGCAUACCACACUUUGUGAUGCGUUUAUCUACGGGAAUGAAUUUGAUGAUGAAACACGCACAGAGAUGCAGUCACACUUCCCGAAAAAGCUGAGCACCCGGAGCAAAGACUUCAGUCUGGAGAAAACUCACUACAACUGCGAGGAGUACAAGGCAGGGACUGCAAGACGGUACCUUGGCGGUGUUCAUCCUCGGCUAAACGCAUACACUGUUGAGAUCUCAUGUUACGGCUACAUUAACAAGAGGGAUGACAGCGUUAUCGGCUAUACUCCGGAAUCUUAUGAAGAGUUCGGUGCCAACCUCGCUAGGACGUUUGGCGAUGUCUUCCGACUGCGCUCUUAGCGGUCAGAUGUGGAACAUGAAAAUGCUCCCAGCGCAAUUGUGUACAACAUGUGCUGUUCUACCCCUAGUUCCUGGUGACUUUUGGACUAAAUCAGUGUCAUUGUAGACCCUUUGGGAAUCACAGGCUAUCUGAUAUGAACUCAUCAUCCGGGCUUCAUGUUUCAAGAACUGGGCUAUUUGCAGCGCGAUGUAAAGGUCUUACUUCGAAGUAUGUGCCGGAAAUGUAAUGAUAUGGACGUAUUUCUUGCUGCUCUCAAAACCAGAGGGAUAUGGCAGAGAACAGAGUAUGAUAGGCCAUAUUUCUAUUUUUUCUCUCUCACAGUAAUUUAUGUUGUUGUGCUCCAUCGAAUAAUUAUGGUUGGGGCUGUGUGUGACGUCGAGCAUCCACGAUAAAAUGUUUUGCAACGACCCAUUUUCUCAUAUAUUCCAUUCAGUCUGAUCAUAACCGGUUAUAUGGAUUGAUCCCGGUUCUAGGUAUUGACCAAAGGAUGUUCUUCUGUUGCCCCACUUCUCACACCAAACAGUUCACAACAGUUUUUGAUCCAAUUCAGAAUGUUAAGUAAAAUAGGUGUCCUAUCAAAUUUUUU